UUAAGAGUAGGGACACAUUUUCCCCCAACCCAAAAUAUUCCACCACGCGUUUUAAUCCCUUCCAUAUAAAUAUAUUCCUACAGAAGGCCAACCUUCUUCAUUAGCAGUUCCUUAAUUUCUUGGAUCCAUCACCUGCUUGGAUUUUCUCUGCUAUUGCUAGGAUCUGCUCGACCCUUUUUAGUUAAUACUAUAUGGCGUUACAUAGGAGGAUGCAUAUUUUGCAUCUUUCUUUAGUAAUGGUGGUUACAAUUUUACUAGGAACUCCAACUCCAACAACAGCUCGAUCUCUCCUUCCGACUCAGCUGGCACUGCCUGACUGCCCUGACCAUUGUGGUAAUCUCACAAUUCCAUACCCAUUUGGCAUAGGCGAUGGUUGCUACCUCGACCGCCGGUUUGAAAUCACUUGUAACAUUUCCACUCAACCGCCAACAGCAUUUUUUAUGAGGGGCAAUGUCGAAAUUACCAGCAUAUCUCUUUAUGACGGUGAGGUCCAAAUACGACAGUUCGCAGCCAGUGAUUGUUAUGAUGCUGAUGGCAACUGGACCGAAACGAACAGUCCCGAGCUCUCGGUGCCUCCUCCUUACACCAUCUCCGAAACCAAAAACGUGUUCGUUGCAGUUGGAUGCGACACAUAUGCGUUUUUUAAAGGUUAUCGGGGUGAAGAAAAGUACACAACUGGGUGUAUGUCCAUAUGUGACAAUCUUGGCAACGCUAUCGAUCAGCGGGAUGCUUGCUCUGGCGUUGGAUGUUGCCAAACUAAAAUCCCCGGUGGGCUGAAAAAUCAGACUGUGACCUUGGGAAGCUUUUACAAUUAUACGAAAGUGCGAGACAUCAACCGAUGCAGCUACGCGUUCCUUGUGCAAGAAGGCGAGUUCAACUUUAAAAAUACAAGUCUUCGAGAACUAAACAAGAAAGCCCAGGUUCGGGAAAUUCUUGAUUGGAAAAUUGAGAAUGGGACUGAGUUAUGUAAUACUGCAGCUAAAAACGAGAGCACUUUUGCAUGCAAGGCAAAUAGCUUCUGCCAUAAUCGGACUUCAGGCUCCAUAUGCCGGUGCCUGCCAGGUUACGAAGGGAACCCAUACCUCCCGGAUGGUUGCCAAGAUAUUGAUGAAUGCAAGGCUUCAGACUCCUGCAGUAUUGGAACCUGCAUAAAUACAGCGGGAAAUUAUACUUGUGAAUGUCCGAAAGGGUACAAAAAUGACGAUAUGGAUAAAAAAAGUUGCAUCAAGGACAACGGUCGAGCAAAGCUCAGUCUCCUGCUUAUGAUUUCACUAGGUGCCAGUGGAGGCUUCUUGCUUUUACUAAGUGGAUCUUCUUGGAUAUAUUGGGGAAUGCAGAGAAGAAAGUUCCUCAAACUCAAAGAAAAAUACUUUAAAGAAAAUGGUGGCUUAUUGUUACAACAAAAAAUCGCUAGUCAAGGAGGCACUGUGGAGACAACAAAAAUUUUCACGGCAGAAGAACUUGAGAAGGCAACAAACAAUUACCAUGAAAGUAGAAUCCUUGGUGAAGGAGGCUAUGGAAUAGUUUACAAAGGAAUAUUAGCAGCAGAUAACAAUAAAGUGGUUGCCAUAAAAAAGUCUAAAGUUUGUGUCCCAACGCAGAAGGAGCAGUUUGUCAAUGAGUUGAUUGUUCUUUCUCAAAUCAACCAUAGAAAUGUGGUGAGGUUAUUGGGUUGUUGUUUGGAGUUAGAAGUUCCUCUACUAGUUUACGAGUUUGUCGCUCACGGCACUCUCUGUGAGCACAUACGUGGCAAAAAGACGAAAGGAUCAUCAUUUUCAUUGGAAUUACGACUCAAGAUAGCAGCUGAAACUGCUGGAGCACUAGCAUACUUGCACUCCUCAGCUCUGAUGCAAAUCAUACAUCGAGAUGUGAAAGCGUCAAAUAUAUUGUUAGAUGAAAAUUACACGGCAAAAGUGUCAGACUUUGGAGCUUCACGAUUGAUUCCUCUUGAUCAAGCCCAACUUGCAACUUUAGUGCAAGGAACAGUCGGAUACUUAGACCCUGAAUACUUCCUCACGAGUCAACUAACAGAUAAGAGUGACGUCUAUAGCUUUGGAGUUGUCCUUAUGGAGCUACUAACAAGUAAACCGGCACUUGAUUCUGACAGGCCUGGGGCAGAGAGAAGCCUAGCAAGGUUCUUUGUUUGUUUAAUGGAGGAGGAUCGCCUGAAUGAAAUUCUCGAUGGUGACAUACUCAACGAGAGAAACAUCGAGACACUAAAAACAGUGGCCAAUCUGGCAAAAAGAUGUGUAAGGUCAAAAGGGGAGGACAGGCCAACAAUGAAAGAAGUUGCCAUGGAGCUGGAAGGAAUGAGAAUUACAGAAAAGCAUGCAUGGGGAAAAGCUGAAAUUUGUUCAGAAGAGACUGAGUGCUUACUUGGGCCAGGUAACUCAGUUGCUUAUCCUGUGGAUGUUAGAGCUGAUUGUGGUUCUAGUACUGGUACAACUAUUGGGUAUGACAGCAUGCAGAUCCAGCUGUUAAUUCCAUAUGAUGAUGGAAGAUAAUUCACUGCUUCAUAUAAUCAACUCAGCAUUGUUUAUCAUUCUAGCCAUAGUGAAAUAGUGCUAUUUUUCAUCACAGACUGUAAGUGUAGCCACAUUGGCUAGAGCCGAUGUGCUUCCUCUGUACCCUCGAGUUUGAAAUUUUCUUUUGCUAUAAUUUAGAUUUAGUUGAAAGUAUAGUAUCUCUUGUAUAAAAUAAAAUAUUAUUAUUCAUCAUUUUGACAGUUUUUA